UUAACGUCUCACCACCGCGGAGUCGUCAGUCCGCCCCGCCCCGCGACUCCACGGCGCCGCCCGCGCCGUCCCACCUCGCGAAGCAUGCGCGCCGCCGCCGUGCGCCCUCCUCGCCCUCGCCGCCGGCGCCCGCGCCGACGGCCACGCCCUCACCGUGGACUGGAAGGAGUUCAUGUCCUCCACGGAGCAGGCGCUCACCGCCGACCACGCCAUGGACAUCGUCUUCGCCUGGGAGGGCGACUACGGCGACGGGGGCACGCACAACGUCUACAUGAUGCCCACGAAGGAGGCCUACGACGCCUGCGACCUCUCGCAGAUCGUGACCUACGCCGAGGCGCGCCACGGCGACGACGCGCACGAGGCGAGCGGCUUCACGAUCUCGGCCCAGGAGCUCGCGGAGGCCUACGGCUACGACACGCCGACCUACUGGAUCUGCGAGGUCUCGGACCACUGCGCGAACGCGCAGAAGAUCACGAUCACCGUGAGCGGCGACGACGAGCACGCGGACGGCCACCACGACGGCGACCACGACGGCGACGACGCGGAGGAGCACGACGACCACUUCUCUGACGGCCACGACCACGGCGACGCCGCGCCCGAGGUACCCGUGCCCGAGGAGUCCGACGCCGCGGCCGCGGCGCGCCUCGACACGGGCCGGCGCGGCCCGUCCGUCGCCGGCGAGGACGCCAACGCGGCGACGCCCGUGGGUCUGGGCGAACCCUUCCUGAGCCGCGUGGGCUGCAUCCAGCCCGGCACGCUCGUGCGGUCCGUCGGCGAGCUGCGGAGCGGCGCGUCGUCGAACUGCCCGCACUUCCACCGCUGGUCCGCCUCCGGCGACCCGACGGUGACGAUGAGCGGCCUGCGGCGCGUCGCCCUCUGGAUCAACUGCGGCGACGAGGCGGCGGUCAUCGAGCUGCCCGCGUCGCGGAAGAAGGGCCUCACGGAGGGCGCGUCGGUGCUGACCGCGGCGGGCGCGUCGGCGGUCCGGCCCGUCGAGGUGCCGGCCGUCGCGCGCGACUCCGAGGUCCACGGCGACUGCGACCGGGCUUUUGCGGUGGCGCCGGGCUCGGAUCUGGUGGCGGGCGAGGCCGCGGCCAUCGCGUGGCUCCUGUCGGGCAACGGCGCGAGAGCGCGCGAGCGGUGCUUGCAGAAGUUACGGGGCGGCUCCAUCGACCCGCCCGCGCGGAGGAUGGAGCGGAGCGACGCGUCGGGCGUGUCCAUGUCCCUCGCGGGCUGCCCGAACAUCGGCAAGACGGGCGUCGCCGCCGUCGCGGCCGCGCUCUGCGACCGCGACGCGCUACGGGUCUUAGGCGUCGACGGCGGGCCCUUGGUCGCGCUGCGCGCGCUGGACCUGAGCCGCUGCGACGUCGGCGACACGGGCGCGCGGGCCCUGGCCAAGUGCUGCGGCGUGUCGACGCUGGAGCUGCUGUUCCUGCGCGGGAACCGCGUCACCGCGCACGGCGCGACGGCCUUUGCUUCUUCUCUCGCGACGCAGCUCGAGGUUCGAAGGCGUCCGACGACCCCGCGGCGCGGCUCCACGCGCCGGGUUUGAGGACGUUGGACCUCGGCGAGAACCCGGGCGUCGGCUCCGGGGGGGCCGUCGCGCUCGCCGUCGCGCUGCGGACGAACGGGCGAUUGCGAAAGUUGCGGCUCGACGGCUGCGAGGUUGGCGACGCGGGCGCGGACGCGCUCGCCGCGGUGCUCGCGGAGCGCGGCGGGAACCGGACGCUGGCGUCGCUGGACCUGGCGUGGAACUGCCUCACGGAGGCGUCGCUGAACCGGGUGCUCGACGCGGCGCACGCGCCCGACGGCGGGUUGGGCGCUUUGUCCGUCGGCGCCGUCGGCCAGGAGCCGGACCCGGAGGCGAACGUCGAGCGGGACGCGUCGGACUUCGCCGCGGCCAUGGCGCUCCAGCCGCGGCCCCUCAAGUACAUCGCCGGGCGCAAGGUCGGGGAGGUCCGCGUCGACGGCAAGCGGACGUUCUCGGCGUUCGUCGUCGAAGGGGCAGAAGAAGUACAGUCCUCAAAAGCGCCGCGGCUAGAAGAAGGCUGGGGCCUCGCGAACGCGUCGGCGCUCACCCCGAGCCCCCAGGCGACGUUGGUGACCGCGCGGUCGCCUUUACGGAUGCUCGACCUCAGCGGCGUCGUCUCGAGCCACGCGCUCUUCGUCAUCGCCGACGCGAUCGCGGGGCGCCACACGCCCCGGCUCGAGACGUUGAAGGUCGACGGCGGCACCUUCGCCGACGACUGUUCGUUGCAGGCGCUCAUGGCCGCGCUCGCGCGCGACGG